CCCCUCCCGCAGUCACCCUGCAAUCUCGGGACAAACAAUAGCCAGCAACAAUAAUUGCAGGCUAUCGAUGGUAAUUUGCCAUCAUGACUUUCUCCUCCUGAUACCCUGCUACUUUUAAAAACACCCGCUGACGCACAGCCGUUAUCAGGCGGGGCGCUCAACUUUCAUCGUUAGUCGUCUCCACCAGAGGCAUCGGGAGUGUAACUUCAACAAGUCUGCAGCUGGACGCCCCCUUCGCCCUCUGCGAUCUGACAUUUGUCUCUGAUAACAUGGGCGGACGGUGCCUGUGCUGUUCAUGGACUUGCAGACCGGUGUGGCCAAUUCUGAUCAUUCUGGCUACGACACCUUGUAUGUUGCACUGCUCAGAGAGUCCGGCAGCAGCUGUUGGGAAAAUGUACCCACGCGGCAAUCACUGGGCAGUAGGUCAUUUGAUGGGAAAGAAGAGCAUUGAGAGCCUGCCUGAGCGGCAGGAGACGAACCUCAAACCCUCGGAAGCAGCUGGGGUCACACAGCUGGACCGGGACCAGCGUCUGAUGGAGGCUCCGGUGCAACAAAAGAACCAAAAACAGAUGAAGCCACACUCUGCAGACACGCUGCUUCGACUGCGGAGCGGCCGGAAAGAAGAGGACAGAGACGAAUAUCUCAGAGAGAUGUCAGACGUGCUUCUUCUGGCUUUGAAACUGCAACACAAUGACUCCACCUGAAGAAAAGACGGAUUCUGUUUCAAAAACAGAUGUCCUUAUCCACUAAACAUCUGCCCUGUAAUCACAUAUCCAUACUGAAAAGUUUUUUCUGCUGUAAAGCUAUGCUGGAAACCCAAUAGAAGUUUAUUUUAUCAGUAAUUUCCAAUUUCUAAUACGCAGAUUAUAUCAUGCAGCAGUUUGAGUACAGACUGACCAGAAAACUAAAUGUUACAUAAGCCAAAAAUCUGAAUAAAUUUAAUGAUGUGAUAACCGCAA